UGAAACCUUAUGCCAUUAAACUCAAAGGAAAUAAACGAAGAAGAAGAAGAAGAAGAAGAAGAAGAAGAAGAAGCCGUGUCAGAGUACUUGCACUCAACUGGGUUUCUGUCAUAGCUAUUUCAAGGGCCCACUAUGCGUAGUGCAUAUCUCCUCCUGAUAUCCACACUCCUGCUCCUUUUGGCCUUUCCUGGCUCCAGGGGACGAUACAGUGACGACUUUGAUGAUAAUGAGGACCUAGCAGACUUUGAUGACAAUGACUUUGCUGAGUUUGAGGACAUGAAUGAGGAUCCAACAGCUGAUGCAGAAACUGCUUCUCCACCCCGUGCCUCACAGGCUGCUCAACCGGAAGAAGAGGAGGAAGAAGAAGAUGAAGCAACUGUUGAGCUGGAGGAUGGCCAAGAUGGAUUUGAGGACUCGGAGACACAAGAUCAAGAUAUAUACAGCAAAUAUGACCAGGAGGAGUUUGAGGGGAUUGGAGACAUGGAGAAGACUAGCCACUCUAUGAAGGACCCUCUCAUAAUCCACACGGUUCCUGCACACCUGCAGAACAGCUGGGAGAGUUACUACAUGGAGAUCCUGAUGGUGACUGGUCUGUUGGCUUAUAUUAUGAACUACAUCAUUGGCAAGAACAAAAACAGCCGCCUUGCUCAUGCCUGGUUCAACUCACACAGAGAACUUCUAGAAAGCAACUUUGCACUAGUGGGUGAUGAUGGUACCAGUAAGGAAGCAGUAAGCACUGGAAAGCUCAAUCAGGAGAAUGAACACAUCUAUAAUCUGUGGUGUUCCGGUCGUGUCUGCUGUGAAGGCAUGUUGAUCCAGCUCAAAUUUCUUAAGAGGCAGGACCUGCUUAAUGUUCUGGCCAGGAUGAUGAGACCUGCCUGUGACCAAGUGCAAAUCAAAGUCACUCUCAAUGAUGAGGACAUGGAUACUUUUGUGUUUGCGGUGGGCACCAAGAAAGCCAUGGCCAAGCUUCAGAAAGAGAUGCAGGACUUGAGUGAGUUCUGCGGAGACAAGCCUAAGUCUGGGGCCAAGUAUGGGAUCCCAGACUCCCUGUCUAUUCUGAGUGAGAUGGGUGAGGUCACAGAUGGAGUGAUGGACAGCAAGAUGGUACAUUAUAUUACCAACCACGCUGACAAAAUCGAGUCCAUCCAUUUCUCGGACCAAUUUUCUGGUCCAAAAGUUAUGCAAGAGGAGGGUCAGCCCUUAAAGCUGCCUGACACUAAGAAGACCCUGCUGUUUACAUUUAAUGUGCCUGGCAUGGGCAACACUUCUCCCAAAGACAUGGACACUCUGCUUCCUCUCAUGAACAUGGUCAUCUACAGCAUUGAUAAAGUCAAGAAACUCCGUCUUAACAGAGAGGGCAAACAGAAAGCUGACAGAAACCGGGCCCGUGUGGAGGAGAACUUUUUGAAGCAGACUCAUGCUCAGCGUCAAGAAGCAGCCCAGACUCGCCGGGAGGAGAAGAAGCGAGCUGAGAAAGAGAGAAUCAUGAAUGAGGAAGACCCUGAGAGACAACGUCGUCUAGAGGAAGCAGCCCAGCGACGUGAGCAGAAGAAGAUUGAAAAGAAGCAGAUGAAGAUGAAGCAAAUCAAAGUGAAAGCCAUGUAAAAAAAAAACACCUUAGGGAAGGGGGUACAAGCACAUGAAAGAAGUGCGUAAGCUCAGUUUUCUCCAGCUUCUCUCUCCAGUCUGCGGCUCUGGCUUCAGCUCCAACCAGACAUCAUGUGCCUCUGGGUGUGUCAAGCUUAGCUUAGCUGUUUCCAGCACCUGUUCCAUUUGGUGUGACUAGAUCUUAAUGACCGAGUGCACUGCCUGUCAUGUUGAGAGAGACUUUUUACCAUAAAUUAUGUCGCCAUAAUUCUCAUCACAAAUGUUUUUUCUUCUGUCUGACUUUCACAGAAAUAAUCAAUCUUUUUAAAGUAAAUCUGCUGACGAAGACUACACAAUUUGAUGGAUGUGAGCUGUUUUAAAGGAAUGGAAAAUAUUGCUGUCUCAUCGGACUAUAUUAGCAUUAAUAUAAUAAAUGAUAGUAUCAAAACAUUCUUA